GCGCCUGGCGAUGUGAUGUGAUCUUCGGGAACCAACAGUACAGGAUGUGCUGGAGGGAGAUAAACAGCGCGGAGGAAAAGGGAGCAUAUCGGCCGCGCCUCAGUCACAUUUUCUGCGAUGCAUCAACUGAAAUUUUUGAAUGGAAACUGGAAAACACCGAGAACAAUAUUGCCAUAGUGUACAGCAAAGAAACGAUGUCCGACGUCUCCAAGAAGUUACACUGCCAAAAAAUGCGAACAAAUUUUGAAUUUUCGAGCCAAACUCCACCUCGAAAUGCUCGCGAAACCUUUGAUUGUGAAAAACAUGUUGAGGUUUUACUGGGCGACCUGAUUAGUUCUAUCUUAUGUGAUCACGAAGCAAUUGAUGUGACAGCUGAGAACCGCGAGUCAUUUUCGGCUGGUCUUAGCAUGUCAAAUUAUUACCGGAACGUCAAUGGAAUGGACCUAAAUCCUGACGAAACGGACCGGAACGACGAUGAAACGGACCAAAAUCUCAACAAAACGGACCAAAAUCCCGCCAAAACGGACCAAAAUCCCGACAAAAUGGACCAAAAUCUCAACAAAACGGACCAAAAUCCCGCCAAAACGGACCAAAAUCCCGACAAAAUGGACCAAAAUUCCGACGAAACGGACCGCAACCCCGACAAAAUUGACCAAAACCACAGCAAAAUGGACCGAAAUUCCGACGAAACGGACCGGAAUCUUCCCAACUCUAGCCCCAGUACUGAGGAAAAUAACCCAGCGUUUUAUGACCGAGAAGGCCUCAUUUCACCCCCAGAUAUUGGGGUUGCUGAGAACUCCUUAAACGUAGCAAAAGAUUGUCAUAGUCAUGAAAUGGACUGGUCGUCACAACUGGAAAAAACGCGUUAUAUUUGUAACAAAGAAAUACUGUACAUAGUCGCCACAUCCGUGACCGUGACGCAGGCACAGCGCUCCAGGCUGGAGUACCUGCAGCUGACGGCACCAUGGAGCACCGGGAGGAGGCUUAAGAAAUCGACGAGAGGCAAAACGAAGAAUUUCAGGAAAAACGUAUUUUCUAUCCCUGCUUUGAAGUUAAUAUUUGAGUCCACAUCAAAACAUCGUUUGUUUGGCGCCAACAUUCAUGAGGAACUAAGGAUGAAUGUCAUUAAAGGAACAUUAAAACAUUCAUCAUCGCGCAACAUCAUCGGAUCCUUCCAGUACGAGAAAAUCGCUCCAAAUCCUGGAAUUAGUAGUGAAGAUUUUCCAGUAAACGAUGAUAAUGGAAACGAACGUGGGAAUUGCAACGCUGAUAACGAGGGAAGAAGAAUUUGUGAGAAUUAUGGGCAAAAUAGCAAUGGUGAGAAGGAAGAUAAUAUGUACGAAAACAAUGUACUGGCAGACGCGGUGAAUAGUGCAGUGAAAGACAGUAUAAUGGAUGACGAUGCAGUAGGCAAUGCAGUAGAAGAAAAUGUACUGGAUGACGAUGCAGUGGAAGGCAGUAUACUGGAUGACGAUGCAGUGGAAGGCAGUAUACUGGAUGACGAUGCAGUGGAAGGCAGUAUACUGGAUGACGAUGAGAGGCGGAGGUUACACGACGUGUUCGGCCUCACGUCUCUUGAUGACGUCACGCACGUCGUACGUCACUCAUACACCAGCGCCGCCUACACCACCCGCAGCAACAUGGUGGUGGUGGGCAGCGGGGGGGCGGUGGUGGCCGCCAUCGAGCAGCGAGCGUCGAGCGACGCUUUCCCGGAAUACGACUACGCGCUUCAGCGUUGA